GUUGGUUUGGCGGCCUACAGUAAUACUUUUGACUUCGAACGAGGCGAGCCGUCACUGUUUGAUUGGUGUGAAGACACAACCUGCCACUUUGCGAUAUCGGUGGAUGCUCAAGUGCCAUGCAGCUGCUGACACCAUCCAAGCAAGUCACGAAGACGACAACGUGCAUCUGUCCCGCCCAUGUCAAAACCAAGCUGCUUGUGCGAAGCAAGAGCAGUCAAAAGUCCACCACCACCGUCAUGCUGGGGGGACAGCGCACGGCUGAAAAGACGACGAUGUCGUACGUUACGUUCAACGGCGACCUCACGCCUCGAGCCAAGCAGCAGUUGACCACCACGGAGCUCAUCAAGCGAGCCGAGAAGCUCGAUUACUAUCUCCAACUGGCUUAUGGGUACGCCAAGCAGAUCGAGGACAUGGCGCCUAUCGCCACCGUGUCGUCGCCACUGGUCCAACACGCGUGGGAAUGCCGGCGUCAUGUGGCGCCGCCGCCCUUCCGAGCCAGUCCCGAGUUUACACACAUGCAGUACACCGCCGUGCGCACGCAAGACCCAAUCAACUUCUCCCGCGACGGAUACGUCCUCCGCGUCAAAGAGUGCGGGAACGACGUCAAGGUGUUUGUGACCAUCACCAUGUACAACGAGCCAGCGUCCCAGCUCGAGAGCACGCUCGUGGGACUGGCCAAGGGCAUCGCGUACAUGUGUGAGCAGCACGGGUACGACUACUGGCAGCAUGUGGUCAUCUCGAUCGUGGCGGACGGACGCAGCAAGAUCAACCCGUCCAUGUUGACGUACCUGUCGACACUCGGUUGCUUUGACAAGCCGACGAUGGUUCAAAUGUCCAUGGGCAUUGCCGCGGAAGUGCAUUUGUUCGAAGCCACAGUGCAAAUGCCCACAGCGACGGACGGACUGUUUUACCCACCGAUGCAAGUGAUUUUCGCAUUGAAGGAAGCCAACAACGGCAAACUGCACUCGCACCUGUGGUUCUUCAACGCGUUUUGCGAGCAACUAGCUCCGAAGUACACGGUCUUGGUCGACGUCGGCACGAUUCCCGCGGAAACGUCCGUGUACCGGCUCAUUCGAAGCAUGGAGCGCAACGCGCAAAUUGGCGGCGUGGCCGGCGAAAUCGCCGUUGACCGUCCACAGUUCUUCAACCCCGUGAUCGCAGCCCAGCACUUUGAGUACAAGAUUGCCAACAUCAUGGACGCAUCCCUGCAGUCCGUCUUUGGGUUCAUCGGGGUGCUGCCAGGGGCGUUCUCGGCCUACCGGUACCAAGCGAUUCGCGCGAUUGACGGCGAAGGCCCGCUGGUCGAGUAUUUCAAGAGCCUCACCGCGUCCAAGAAGGAGCUCGGGCUAUUUGUGGGCAACAUGUACUUGGCAGAAGACCGCAUCUUGUGCUUUGAGAUUCUCGCCCGACGAGAUUGCAACUGGACCAUGCACUACGUCAAGGACGCCAUCGCGUCCACCGACGUGCCCGAGACGUUGGUGGACCUGAUCAAGCAGCGGCGGCGGUGGCUGAACGGGUCGUUCUUUGCCGGGUUGUUUGCGAUCUGGAACUUUGGCCGCGUGUGGCGGGACACGUCGCACAGUUUCGCACGAAAGUGCAUCUUCACAUUGCAGUUUACGUACAUGGCCGUGCUCAACGUGCUCAACUGGUUCCUUCUCAGCAACCUCUUCCUCGCAUUCUACUACAUCUUGUCCCUUGCGCUGUUCUACCGGUCGCCCGUGCUCCUGCGUGUGACGCUGACCAUGUACUUUGUGCUCGUGGGCAGUCUGAUUGUGUUUGCCCUCGGCAACAAGCCAGGCCGACGCACGGCCGGGUUUUACAAAGUCAGCUCGUACAUUAUGGGCUUCAUUAUGCUCGGGGCCACCGCCAUUUCCCUGUUUGCCUUGACUGGACAAGUGCAUUUUAUGGACAUCCGCCCCGACUUGGUGUCGUGCUCGGUGGCGGACUGGGAGCUGCCAGCCGGGGCGGUGUCGUCCAUCGGACUGGUGUUUCUAUCGGCGUUCUCGCACGGCGAAUUCAGUAUCUUGGCCAGUACCAUUCAAUACUACUUCAUGCUCCCCACGUUUAUCAACAUUCUGGGGAUUUACGCAUACAGCAAUCUGCACGACUUGAGUUGGGGCACCAAAGGCAUCGACUCGAGCCACCACUCUGGUGGACACACUGGCGGGACCAGUAUCAAACACAUGGUAGCAUUACAAUUAAACACUGCCAACCUCGACGUGACCAUGGAAGCGGACAAGCAAAAGGUACGUUAAAUAUUUAAAAUAUAUUAUUUAUUUUUGCCAUCGACCGCCAUAUAUCUCUUUCGUGUGGUAGCAAUCCGUGGCGGCCGAGCACGAAGACGUGGACAGCAGCUUUCGCGUGUUCCGGUCAGUGCUGUUGCUCACGUGGUUGCUCUCGAACGGCGCGUGGCUGUACAUGGCCACGUCGUUCAUUUCGUGCUCGUGCUACCUCAAGUACCUGUCGUUUACCGUCGCCGUGGUCAACAUCAUCCGAUUCUUCGGCGCGAUCGUGUUCCUCGCCUUCCGCAUCAUGCGCGGCGCCACGCAAUGCGCUGCAAAAGUGUGCUACUUGACCGCCGCCGCCGACUGUUUGCCACGAUUUCGGCAAGACACCUCGAACGUCUAAGUUAUAAAACCAUACAAUAAUAUACAGCUAUGGGGGAACAAAUUCUCUCUCCCUAUGGCAGUUUUGUUCUUGU